AUGUCUCCUUUGAGCGCGGAACUUGAGGCAGCUAUCUCACAGCUCCCUCCAAACGUCCGUAAAUAUGUUGAGGAGAAAGCUGUACUUUGCCAACCGGACCACAUUUACGUUUGCGAUGGCUCGGAUGAGGAAUUCAAGAAAUGUCUAACCGACCUGGAGAAAUCCGGUGCGAUUAAGAAACUGACCGCUUAUGAAAACUGCUGGCUCGCCCGCACUGAUCCGGCUGAUGUUGCCCGCGUGGAAUCAAAAACCGUGAUCAGCACACCCGACCAGCGCGCCACUGUACCCAAGGUGAAAGAGGGCGUCAAGGGCACUCUGGGUAUCUGGAUGUCACCUGCUGAUUUGGAUAAAGCAUUCAGUGUUCGAUUCCCCGGUUGCAUGAAGGGAAGGACCAUGUACGUGAUUCCCUUCAGCAUGGGUCCUCUUGGAGGUCCAAUUUCGAAGAUCGGUAUUGAAUUAACCGACUCCCUUUACGUCGUCGCUAGCAUGCGAAUUAUGACUCGAAUGGGUUCGGAAGUGCUCAAGCUACUGCAGAAAGACGACAGCCAUUUUAUAAAAGCCCUGCACUCAGUUGGCUUGCCGAAACCGGAAUCACGUCCUGUCAUCAACCACUGGCCGUGCAACCCUGAACUCACUUUGAUUUCUCACAUCCCGGCAAACAAUGAGAUCUGCAGUUUUGGUAGUGGUUACGGUGGCAACUCCCUCUUGGGCAAAAAGUGCUUUGCCCUGCGUCUUGGUUCAAUUUUGGCGCAACGAGAAGGCUGGUUGGCUGAACACAUGCUCAUCUUGGGCUUGAAGACUCCGGCUGGCAAACAACGUUACAUUGCCGCUGCUUUCCCAAGUGCCUGCGGCAAGACCAAUCUGGCUAUGCUUCAGCCUUCUUUACCAGGUUACAAGAUCACCUGUGUGGGAGAUGAUAUUGCUUGGAUGAAGUUCGAUAAGGAAGGUCGCUUGCGUGCUAUCAAUCCGGAAGCCGGUUUCUUCGGUGUCGCACCGGGUACCGCUAUGGAUACCAAUCCCAAUGCUAUGCUGACCAUUCAAAAGAAUACCAUCUUCACUAAUGUUGCUGAACUCAGUGAUGGUCGUUUCUACUGGGAAGGUUUGGAGAAAGAUGUGGACUUCAACAAAGUCAAAGUGACUGACUGGACCGGAAAACCAUGGGAUCCUUCCAGCGGAAAACCAGCCGCUCAUCCGAACUCGCGGUUCUGCACACCUGCCAGCCAGUGCCCAAUAAUUGAUCCAGACUGGGAGAAGCCAGAGGGUGUACCAAUCGAUGCCAUCAUAUUCGGCGGUCGCCGUCCCGAAGGCGUACCUCUGGUGAUGCAAUCGUUCAACUGGCGCCAUGGUGUGUUCCUGGGUGCCUGCAUGCGAUCGGAAGCCACUGCAGCUGCUGAACACAAAGCAAAGGUUGUGAUGCAUGAUCCGUUCGCCAUGCGUCCGUUCUUCGGCUACAAUUUCGGAAAAUACUUGGAACAUUGGCUCAGCUUUGAAAACAAACCAGGUCUGAAGCUGCCAAAGAUAUUCCAUGUCAACUGGUUCCGUAAGGAUUCUAGUGGCAAGUUUAUGUGGCCCGGUUUCGGUGAGAACUUGCGAGUACUGGACUGGAUCUUGCGCCGAUGUGAUGAAGAAAUCCCAGCGGUGGAAAGCAUUGCCGGUCUCGUUCCACGUCCUGAGGAUUUGAAAUUGGAUGGUCUGAACCCGAAGCCAGAUAUCCACACACUCUUGAGCCUUCCUCCCGAUUUCUGGAAGAAGGAAGUGCAAGAGCUGAAACACUAUUUCGACGAACAAUUGCCGGAAGAUCUGCCCGCCGCGAUGCGUGAGGAGCUAAAGCAUUUGGAGGAGCGUGCGAACAAGGCGCAUUAA